AGGCUGUCAUUAGUCCACAGACAAAAUGAUUUCAAUAUUAUUUCAGCGAGAAUGACCGAUCGAACUGAGUUUUCUUUUUUACAGGGAAUUGAGGCACAAUUGUAGUCAUCACUACAGCAUGGGAUACUAAUCGCUCCUCAUCAGAGGUUUUCAGUAAAAGAAAAAAACUCUUGGGCCAAAAAAGAGUAGAAUGGCACGGUUCCACUGUCAGUGGCAGAGAGUCCUCAUCUGUGUGUGCAGCACAUGCAUCUGCCUGGUCCUUCUCUUUGUCUUCCUUGGCGUCAUGGUGUGUUCACACAUGAAUAAGGCGGCACCGCAGGCGACCAUUGAUGCGUUGCAUUCUCCAAAAAGUCAUCAUUUUGUGGCCUUUGGAAGUUUUAAAAGUAAGAACUUUGCCUCCCUGCCUAAAACUUUCUGGAGGCUCAAUGAAGACUCUUUCUGGAACCAACUCCAGGUGGCCAUUGACCGCCAUUUUAACCCCAUCCUGAAUGCCCAAAAUGCUGUCAUGGCCUUUAAGAAUAAGGACAUUUAUGAUUCUGUUCUGAGGCUAAGCUUCUUGGCGGUUACUAACUCUGACUCCAUGAGGAGGAAAUUUGAGCAGCUACCACAGCAGAUGCAAGACUUUGUGAGCCGCAUGAAUCAUAGAAACUACCCAGUCAUCAUGCACUCUACAAAUGCAACCUGUGGAGCAGGAGCAGCCAAUGAGAAGGAACCACCGCUGCUUCUCCUCGCCAUCAAGUCGACCGAGGUGAACUUCAAGAACCGUCAGGCCAUCCGACAGACCUGGGGCCAAGUGGGCUGGGUGGCCACACACAGAAAGAACAGUAAGAGAAAACAGGAGAUUGGAGGAUAUAUCCGGCGGGUGUUCCUGAUAGGCAAAGAGAACCCCCAAGACUCUGGAGGGGAUGUAGCUGAGUUGCUGCGGAUGGAGGGUCAAAAUUACGGUGACAUUGUACAGUGGAACUUCAGCGACACUUUUUUCAACCUCACCUUGAAGGACGUUCUCUUCUGGAAGUGGUUCUCGGGCCACUGCGGCCAGACUCGCUUUGUAUUCAAGGGUGACGACGACGUUUUUGUCAACACGCCAAACAUGAUCGCCUACCUCCACGACGAGCUAGAGAGGCCUCAUGCAGAACACGCCAUGAAUGAAUUCAUGGUUGGCGACGUCAUCAGUGCAGCGUUUCCCAAUCGAGUGAACCAGUCCAAGUACUUCGUGCCAGACAGCUUCUACAAUGGACUCUAUCCCACCUAUGCAGGUGGCGGAGGAGUGUUGUACUCAGGCCAGAUGGCAAAACGUCUACAUGAACUUUCUGGAAGAGUUCACCUCUUCCCAAUAGACGAUGUUUUUGUUGGGAUGUGCAUGGCUCGGCUGAACGUGUACCCCAUCCACCACCCUGGCUUCCUCACGUUUGACUUCCCUGACAACGAAGAGCAGGAGCCGUGUGCAUACCACACGAUCCUCUUGGUCCAUAAACGAAGCCCAAUGCAGCUAAUUGAACUGUGGGAUAGCGUGUCAAAGACACAGAAUGAGUGUUGGCAUGUGCCACUGAGGGUUUCUGACAAGAAGUCAAACCCAACAAAAGUUUAGUUUACUACUACUUGCAGCACGAUCUUUGAGGGGGAGUAAAAAAGUAAUGACCCCAAUUUUCCUCUAGUACAUAUAUAUACAUACAUAUAUAUACAUAUAUAUAUAUAUAUAUAUAUAUAUACAUAUAUAUACAUAUCCAUCCAUCCAUCCAUUUUCUGAGCCGCUUCUCCUCACUACGGUCGCGGGCGUGCUGGAGCCUAUCCCAGCUGUCAUCGGGCAGGAGGCGGGGUACAACCUGAACUGGUUGUCAGCCAAUCGCAGGGCACAUACAAACAAACAACCAUUCGCACUCAC